CAGUAGCUAACUUUUGCUAUUGUAGCCAGUACGCGUUACUUUCACGUGUUUUUAAAAAUACUUUUGUAAUAAUAGUAAUUUCGACAAUUUCCUCUGUUUUUCGCGGUCAGGGCAUCCAUGUCAAAGUAUAAGGCAUAUGGAUACAAAGGCUCAUAUGAAGAGCGGGAAGGAAGAAGCUGUGUGCGCUACAAAUGUGGCCUGCCUUGUAACACCAUACAGGAUGUCUUGCACCAAAGACCAAACUGGAUUGAAGUUAAAGAUGAUGGUGAGUGGGACUUCAACUGGUGUGAUGUGGGAUGGCUGAGGGAGAAUUUUGAUCAUACAUACAUGGAGGAGCACGUAAGGAUAAACCACUUUCGCAACCAUUAUGAGCUGACUCGCAAAAAUCUUAUGGUGAAAAACCUCAAGAGAUACCAGAAACAGCUUGAAAGGGAGGUUGGUUGCAUAGAAGCAUCCAACUGUGAUUUUUUCCCUUGCACUUUUGCAAUGCCCAGUGAGUAUCAUCUCUUUGUAGAGGAAUUCAAUCGAAGCCCUGGCAACACCUGGAUCAUGAAGCCGGUUGGAAAAUCUCAAGGCAAAGGCAUUUUUCUGUUUCGAAAACUGAAAGACAUCAUAGAGUGGAAGAAGGAUGGUUACCGCUCAGAGGAACAGAAGGACGGAGUUCAAGUGAAAAGCUAUGUGGCACAGCGCUAUAUAGAGAACCCUUAUUUAAUCAAUGGCAGAAAGUUUGAUAUGAGGGUCUAUGUGCUGGUCACAUCAUAUGUACCCCUGAAAGCCUGGCUGUAUCGAGACGGCUUUGCGCGCUUCUCAGGCAUUCGCUUUUCCCUCAGCAGUAUUGAUGACAAGUAUAUGCAUCUCACCAAUGUGUCUGUUCAAAAAACAGCACCUGACUAUGAUCACGAGAAGGGAUGCAAGUGGCAGAUGCAACAGCUUCGAAGAUACCUGACUGCAAAACACGGCAGAGAGAUGGUAGAAACCCUGUUUAAAGAGAUGGACAACAUCUUUGUCCGCAGUCUGCAGAGUGUACAAAAGGUCAUUAUUAAUGACAAACACUGCUUUGAGCUCUAUGGUUAUGACAUACUACUGGAUCAGAACCUCAAACCGUGGUUAAUUGAGGUGAAUGCCUCUCCAUCACACACGCCCAGCUGUCAGGAGGAUUACGAGAUGAAAUGCAGACUGCUGGAAGACACUUUGAAUGUUGUGGAUAUGGAGGGAAGGCUCACUGGGAAGGAGAAAAGAGUGGGUGGCUAUGAUCUCAUGUGGAAUGAUGGUCCUGUCUACAGAGAGGAUGCCAACCUACAAACAUUUGGCAGCUCAGGUUUCACAGCCAACACACACCUAGGGUGUGUAAACGACAGAGAGAAACAGCUCCGCCAGCUUCUAAAACCAUUUCCAUGCCAAAGGAAGGCAUAAUCAGAUUGAGAUUUUCUACUACAAUGCUGCUACUCCAGUACUUAGUGUUAAAGAUUGAAUAAUCAGGGUGGCAUUGAGGGGUCUAAUUAAGCGGCCAGCUAUGGGGAAAUACAUCUCUAAUGCUUUA